GAGCGGGAAAACUCAAAGAACCAAAAAGCACUCAAAACCCUAGCCCCAAUCUCAUUUUCGCGCCUGACUCACUCACAUUUCUCCAAAUCCAUCGAUCAUGAACAAGAAUAACUUCAACCGUUUCUCGAUCUGAAUCACCGUCUUCAAUCUUCACAAUCACAAAACCCUAAUUUUCACACACUGAAUCAAUGAACAACCAGCUGGUGCUAUCGUGCGCACCUGAGCAACUUUCAGAUCUCAAAAUUGCCGACUGUGAGUUAUCCACCAGAUCAUGGAGCUUAUUCGCUGUUUUAUUAUCGAUCGGGCGUCCAGUUUCUCCAAUCGAACUCGCUUCUCGUUGCAGAUCUGUUGAAAUGUCUACGGAAUUUGUUGAAUUUGUGUGUUCGUUGCCUAAUUCGCCGGUUGAGUUGAAUGCCGAUGGAUUUGUUACGGUUAGUUCUGCUGUUUGUAAAGAUUUGCAGCGGUUUUUGGUGAACUCGAGUGGAGGUUUGAAGUUUUUGCUUUGUUCGGAGAUGAUGCGAGAGUGUGUGAGGAAGAGAGUGUGGGAGGAUGUUGAGGUUACCUAUACUCGAAAGCGGAGGCGAUUGUGGCCGAAUGUUUACGAGAAAGCUAAUCCAGCGGAUUUGAGUAUGCCUUUUGUGAUUCCAAAUGCUAGUGCAAAGGUCUAUGUUCACGUUGAUGAAGCCGUAAGGAGUGUAAUCAUGAACACAGGAUCUAUUACAUCUAAUGAUGAUAGGAUGCCCUCGCUUAUCAAGUUUGAUGCUGGAAACUUUAAUCAUGGAUCGAGCAGUAAACGUGAAGAUAAAAACGAGAUUUCUACAAUUUUGAGCAUGAACGGGUUUAGAAGUAAGAGCAGUUUCAGACUUAGUACUUCAAUAUCAAGAGGGCUUACGGAUUAUUUUCAGUUUCAGUCAUUAUCUCGUCUAACUGCAAGUUCACUUUUGCGGAUAGCAGAUACUAGUGAUGAAAGCUCUUUGUUAGGAAAAUCUAGUACAUCAUGUUCUCAAGAAGACGAUAACAAUAAGGUUAUAUCACCGGUGAAGGCGUGUAUUGAUGAUGGUUCUAAGGCCAAUAACGACUCGCUUGAAAUACAAAACAUAGUUCCAUCAACGGAAGAAGAAAAAAUAGUUUGUGAACGAGAUCAUGAUAAUCUAUUGAUCAGUAAGGAUAUUAAAUGUAAAGAUGACUGUACAAUGAAAAACACAGACGUUGAGCUUGUUUCCUUUGAUCAAAAACAUAUGCCUGAAUUCACUGCGAAAUUGGAAGCUAUUCCAAAGGUUACAAAUUUCACAGCUCAAACAGUUUCUCUAAAAACAAACAAGGGAAACGAUGCUGGUUCUGUUACCGAGCUGAAGUACGGUAAAAAAGACAGGAGGUCAAUUUAUACGAAGCAGAAAAUAAAACCAACUUGUGAACAGAGGAUGCAAACUAGCGGAAGGGAAAUCGUAAAAGAAAAUAAAGAUAAGGCUCCCGUCGUUUCUGUGAAAGGUCAUUCGGAGCCAGAAGAAGUCCCGGUGUUUGAAUCUUAUAUUGUAGAGGAAAAAGAGGGUUCAGGUGGUUAUGGCACAGUGUACAAGGCACGGAGGAAAAAAGAUGGAACAAUGUUUGCUGUUAAAUAUCCUCAUGUAAACGCUAACAGACAACAUGUUUAUAACGAGGUGAAAAUGCUGGAGAGAUUUGGGGGUAAAAACUUUGUGAUAAAAUACGAAGGCUCGUUUAAAAGUGGAAACUCUCAUUGUCUUGUUCUUGAGCAUGUUGCACACGACAGACCCGAGGUUUUGAAGAGAGAAAUAGAUGUUUUUCAACUCAGGUGGUAUGGCUACUGUUUGUUCAGAGCACUUGCUAGUCUUCAUAAGCAGGGGGUAGUUCACAGAGAUGUUAAGCCUGGAAAUUUUCUGUUUUCUCGUAAGGCCUCAAAAGGAUAUCUCAUAGAUUUUAACCUUGCUACUGAUCUACAUCAGAAGCUUGUAUCCACUGGAAAAUCGAAGUCUUAUGAUGAUGCAAGUUCUAAGCUUGUUCUUCCUCCUCAUCCCGAAUUUCUUCCUCCUACAAGAAGCAGUAAAUACACAAGCUUUAAGGCUUUAGCAGCAGAAACACACUCCAAAAUGCCUUCACUUCCAAAAAAUUCAAAAAAGAAAAAGGAUCCCAAAUACUUGAACAACACGCACGGUGUGAUGAAAAGCCAAGGUGCUGACGGUUCCGGAAUAACCUCUGCAAAAGACGCAACAAGUUCUAAAGUUCCUUCAGGAGAAAGAUUUCGAGAGCCUAUUCCUUGUAAAGGAAGACAAGAGUAUCUCAAUCUUGUACAGGAAGCAUUGCAGAGUCCUGCUCAUGAAGCAACGGUUACUAGUACUCCGGUUUCGAAACGAAAACGGGUUGCUGCUCCCCCUGCUAAGUUAGAUAGCAAAUUUCUGUAUCUCACUCCAAUGCCUUUGCAGUCUAUUGGAGGUGGUUUACUUAAGAACAAAGGGGAUGGGAAACAAAAGAAAGAAGGACCUUGUGUUGGGACAAAGGGUUUCAGAGCCCCAGAGGUAUUGCUAAAAUCUACAUACCAAGGCCCCAAGGUUGACAUAUGGUCUGCUGGGGUUACUUUACUCUACUUCCUCAUUGGAAGAACCCCCUUUGUUGGUGAUCCUGAUCAAAACAUAAAGGAGAUUGCAAAGCUAAGGGGCAGUGAAGCUCUAUGGGAAGUGGCAAAGUUGCAUGAUCGGGAAUCAUCAUUUCCACCGGAACUCCUCCAAGUACAAUCACUGACAUCCACAAAACUACAAGAAUGGUGUAAACAAAACACGAGACGACUGGAUUUUCUAGAGGUUAUCCCAAACUCGUUUAUCGACCUUGUGGACAAGUGCUUAACGGUGAACCCGCGGUCAAGGAUUAGUGCCGAAGAAGCUCUGAAGCAUGAGUUUUUUGUGCCAUGCUUCAAUGAGUUAGAGAAGCAGAGGAUGAUUAGGCAAAAGCUUGCGCAUUCGAAUUCACACACGUCAACAGUCAAAGCUCUUCCGUAAAAAAACUUUUGUUGAAUUCAUGAUAACUUGUUUAACAAGGAACUGUAACAUGUUGCUUUCUUAUUUGGAGCAUACUAAUGGAAUGGAAUAUAUGUACUAAAUUUGUAAAAAAUAGAA